CUAUCUAAGAAUCACGCUAUUAAUUGCCUUGAUAUGCAUCGACGUCUGUUCAUGCCUGAAGCUAUACGAGAUCCAUUGCCAUUCCUUCUGAAUAUGCUUCCUUUACGCCCUUCGGUUCCCCCAAACCUAGCCCUCACCUGGUCUCAACGAUGGCCGAUUGUAUGCUCCCUACUACAUGAAUUAGAUCAGCUACAUCAUAACAAGUUGAUCUCUACUAAGCAUCCACAUGGUCAAAAACUUCUUGUAUGGUUAAAGCAACUCAUUUAACUUUUCAUCGAUAGCCCUACUCAUUAAUUUUCGUUUUACGUUUUUUACCCUUGUACCCAUAAGGGGGUUUUUUCGUUAAUAUUCACUUUCAAACGGGUUGAACGGGUCCAGACGGACGUUUAUCUUUAUAUUUUAUUUUUGCGCUCAUUUGGACCAUCAAUAAAAUAUCAUGUUUAAACGAAAAAAUCGU